GAUGUCAAGAAGUUUCAGAAAGCCGUCCUCGAGCCACCCGGGAUCGUGGAGGAAGACGGGGACUUCACUGUCACAUCAAAGAAAAAGAAGAAGGGGAAGGGCAAGGGCAAAGGCAGCACGGGGCCUCGGAAAGUCAGAUGCGAGCCGGGUACGCAAGCUUUCGCCGAUGAGCUGAUGAUGGACAUCUCUCGAAGUAUCGAUGCAGCCUUGAGACCUUUUAAGGCGCACCUGGCUGCCAAGAUCCGCGGGUUUAUCGGAGCACAGGACCCUUUGGCAGGUCAGACAAUACCAGUGUCGUUUCGAAGUACUACGCUUGCCCGGGGGAUGGAUGACCGAUGGCACGCCGAAUUCCACCUCCGUGGCCCCAUGAAGUGCGUUUAUGAAGCAGUUCAGACAGCUGGGUCGGUGAAAACCAAGUCUGGAUUUCGGCAGAAUGCGAAUAUUUGCCAGUUGGAGGGCUACUGGCGCCGUGGAGUUCGAUCAAUCCAUAUCCGGUGGACCAAGGAGACGCAGCGCUUCAACGACGCGACCACCCGCCACGCCAAUGAAACCACCCGGGACAUAUGUCAGGACGUUGAGCUGCACUGCUAUGACCACAGUUGUGGUGCGGUCUACCUCCAGGGCCACGCGGAGGCUCAUGCGGACGGCCAUGCGUCAGGGAAGGGUCGGACGUUUGCCCCUCCAACGUUUUGGCUGGCACC